GAGUCUUUGGCCUCCAUCUCUGACUCGGGUGCGGUUCAUCGACAACACCUUGAAGCACCAGUAUCGACGAGACAUGGCUCUGUGCGAUGCGUGUCAGUUGAUUCCAAUCCGAGAGUUCUUGCGCUUCUUUGGCGGCGACAGAUCGCUCUUGAGAGACUUGAUUUGGUGGAAGGACCCUUCCGCAUCGCGUGGCACCGAGGAGCCGUUCUUCAGAUGGCACGUCUCGCUUCAGCAUCUGAGAGCCAACGCCAAAGAAUGUCCGUUCUGUCACUUUACUUCCGAGUGUCUGCAGGCCAGCCUUCGCAUGAGGGCCAAUGAGCAAUACGAUGAUCGAAGGGCUGUUUGGUUACGCUUUCCAACGAGUGGAAAUAACCAGUUUCACAUCUUCCUGGGCGACGAACAACCUGCUGUAUUGGUCAGUGGUCGCAUUCUGUUCACCACGACUCCAGACAGCCCUGUUGCACAAUAUCUCGAUGUGUUGGAAGUGAUACCUGACUCCCUUCAUCCAGCUGUCCUUGGGAAGCUAGAUCGUUGGAUUCAAAUGUGUGCAAGUAAGCACUCCGACUGCUCUGGCCCCCUGGAGUGCACGAGGCCUCUGCCAACUCGGCUUCUCGAUCUACGUGGCCUACCUGAGCGCCAGGAAAUCAUCGAAAACGGCACAGACUGGCGGAAGCUGUUCGAAGAUCGCUCGUGUCGACUAAUCGAAACUACAUCUGGGAGUGUAGGUGAGUAUGUGGCCCUCAGCUACUGUUGGGGCAAAAGUGUCCCCUGCACGACUAGAAAGGACAAUAUACAAAAGCACAAGGAAGAGCAGGGCCUCAGCUUCGCCGAUCUACCAGGAACGUUACAGGAUGCAGCCUUCCUGGUGCGAUACCUUGGCCUUCGAUAUAUGUGGGCCGACUGCUUGUGUAUUGUGCAAGAUGACGAAACAGAUUGGCAAAAUGAAGCUGGUCGCAUGUCUGAGGUGUACUCGAAUGCCUCACUGACGCUUGCUGCAAUGCGUGCCAGCCAGUGCACCGAGGGGUUUCUCCAACCUCGAACAGGCUCAAACCAUAUUCUCAUUAAGUUCAACGACGAUGAGGGCGCAUUCACGUUGUAUUUCGAAUACAGUGAUGAUACAAUGUCCCCGGGCGCACCUGCGAGUACAAUCGAUGGGUUUCCCCUUAGAUAUGAAAGAGACGAACCCAUGAUGAGUCGUGGCUGGUGCUUCCAAGAACGAGUUCUGGCACGUCGUACAAUUCACUUCACACAACGCCAGAUGUACUGGGAAUGCGAAGAAGGCCUGUUUUGGGAAUGUCUUGACACUGAGAAGAGUACCAACCUCUAUGACGAGUACUCUAUAAGAACGAUCGGCAAAGGUCUAGUCCAGUCACUCUCGCGCACUGCCACAGACGUUCAACAGCCCUGGUUCGAUCGCAAGCCAUGGUUCAAUGUGGUCCAAGAAUACACAUCACGUAACAUCACUUACCACUCAGACAAACUUCCUGCUCUUUCUGGCAUCGCCGCAGCUCUCCAGCGAGUAACUGGGGAUGUUUGCUAUGCUGGCCUCUGGCAUAGCUGGUUUGUCCAGGGACUCCUGUGGCGCUUUCAAGAUUCGACGAUCGACCCAUACAUCCAAGUGCCGAAGAAGACCGAGAAGGUCGUUGAGUGGAGAGCACCGACAUGGUCUUUCGCAGCACUUGAAGGCGUCGCUGUAUACGCAAUCUACGACGCCUACGCGUCUACCUGUGCCACGUUGGAGGAGUGCACUGUAGUGCCCAAAGGUAACAAUACCCUGGGAGAGCUGACGUCUGCUUUUGCGCGAGUCAAUGGCCCGUUGACCUGCAUCACGCACGUCGAACAAAGCGUAGGAAUCAACGGAAGAGUAUGCAAGAUCUGGCGACGUGGCCGAGACACACGGCGAGCUACUGUCCGUUUCGAUCUUGACUAUUACGAUGCUUGUGAUGUCCUCAUGGUCACACCGUGCAGCGGUCUAGCUAUUGUCCCAGAUGCAGGAAAGACGCACACGUAUAAGAGAGUUGGGAUUGUUGAGGCGUAUCGAGAUGACGGCCAGAGAGAUGGUGUCGCGCUUAGCACAACUCUUACUGCAGCAGACUGGCCAGCGCCCACCAGCGUUGUCCUUCUCUGAGGAUCUUCUCUGACGAUUGGAGUGCUUCAACCUCUUUAAAGCUCCCGUCGACCGCGUCAGUCUGAGCGCUUCAAUGUGCACAAGCCAAUGUUUCUUCC